CGCGUGGCCACAAGAGAAAUCACAGACGGCGCCCUCCAUCCCUGGCUGCCCAGGCUGCCUGGUCGGGACUGCGGGAUGCAGGGUUUGAACAUGAGUACCCAGCCACAUACUGUGACCAAGACAGAGAUCCCUGCCCAUGUUCUUUACACUGUAGGAACUUGUGUUCUCGUUAUUGGCUCCAUUGGCAUCAUCGGAAACCUCCUAGUUCUCUACGCAUUUUAUAGCAACAAGAAGCUGAGGACACCCCAAAACUACUUUAUAAUGAAUUUAGCUGUGAGUGACUUCCUGAUGUCGGCUUCUCAGGCACCCAUGUGCUUUGUCAACAGCCUGCACAGAAAAUGGAUACUUGGAGAUAUAGGCUGUGACUUGUAUGCUUUCUGUGGCGCACUCUUCGGAAUAACCUCAAUGAUGACUUUGUUGGCUAUUUCUAUUGACCGCUACCUUGUGAUCACUAAGCCCCUGCAAUCCAUACAGUGGACUUCAAAGAAACGCACCAUACAGGUCAUCGCCGUCGUGUGGCUCUACUCGCUAGGAUGGAGCCUGGCUCCGCUCUUCGGGUGGAGUUCCUAUGUGCCUGAAGGCUUGAUGAUAUCCUGUACAUGGGACUAUGUAACCUACUCCCCUGCAAACAGAAGUUACACCAUGAUUUUAUGUUGCUGUGUGUUUUUUAUACCCCUGAUAAUAAUAUUCCUUUGCUAUUUAUCUAUGUUCCUGGCCAUAAGACGUACUGGCAGAGAUGUUCAAAAGCUGGGGUCCUGCAGUCGGAACUCCCACCUCUCUCAGUGUAUGAAAAAUGAGUGGAAACUGGCAAAAAUUGCUUUUGUGGUCAUCAUUGUGUUUGUCUUGUCCUGGUCUCCGUAUGCUUGUGUCACCUUGAUUGCCUGGGCAGGUCGAGGCAACACCCUAACACCAUAUUCCAAAUCUGUGCCAGCAGUUAUUGCCAAAGCUUCUGCAGUCUACAACCCCAUCAUAUAUGCAAUAAUUCACCCAAGAUACAGAAAAACCAUCCACAAUGCUGUCCCCUGCUUGAGGUUCCUAAUACGAAUAUCAAAGAAUGACCUCCUGAGAGGGUCCAUAAAUGAGUCAUCAUUCAGGACCUCUCUCUCCAGCCACCAAUCUCUUGCUGGCAGGACCAAGAGCACUUGUGUUUCAUCUAUUUCUACUGGAGAAGCUACUUGGAGCGAUGUAGAGCUUGACGCUGUGGAGCCUGGUCAUGAGAAACUGAAGCCCCGCCGAAGUCAUUCCUUCUCAACAAGUCUGAGACAAGAGAAGAGAGACCUGCUCCCAAAGAGCUGCAGCUGCAAUGCAGCAACUGCCGAAAAGGUUUUGCUCUCCUCUAGCUGUUUGGAGAAGGUGCUUGGGCAGCCAGGUCUACACAGCCCUCCUGCAGCACUUGUGACCAGCUCCCUACGAGCAGCUUCUCUGCCUGUCGGUUUGAAUAGCAGCAGUGUCACUAGAGGAGACUCAAGUACUUCACAGAUGGCAACUCAAGAAAGUCAAGCUAAUGGAGUCCUGGACUCUGUCAUCAGCAACGCAGUCCCUCGCAUCGUCAUCAUUCCUACCUCAGAGAGCAAUCUAUUUCGGGAAGAAGAGGAAGAGACUGAAUUAUUCCACUUUAAUGACAAAAAGGGCAAUCUGCUGGACUUGGAAGGACUUAGUUCAUCCAUGGAGUUCCUUGAAGCUGUUGAGAAAUUUCUAUCAUAAAUUUGUCAAAAGAAAACUUUCCGGCAAUUAUUUUCUUGGCAUCUUCUCCACUUAAUUAUACCAAAUAACUGAAGCCUUGUAGGUUAGGUCAUCAGAUUUUUUUGUAUGCUUGUAUGGUAGUCACUAGGCAGCCUUCAGAUUUAUCUUUGUCCAAACCAGCUCAGGCAUGGAAACAGGCUUUCUUUCACAUUGUGCUGCAGGAAAUGAGCAGUGGAAGAUCUGGCAGCAUAAUCGAGUGGCAUCAGUCAGAUAGGCUGCCUGCUUCAUGAGGCUCUGAUUUGUUGCCACCGAUGAAGGUGCCAGCAGAAGGGAAAAUGACCAAGAGCAGGGUCAGCUGCUGAAUGUUUCUGCUAUCUGCACAUGAAACAGCAUUCCUAUUUUGGCAGCUGUCUUCUGGACAGUGAUGGGAAGCAUCACAAGACCACAGCUUUCACUAGCCCCAGCAGUAAGGCAGGUGGCUAGGUGACCUGAACUAUAUUUUAAUUAAAUAAUUUUCAGCAUUUUUUUGGCCAUGUUUCAUUUUUUAAAUAGGCAGCUUGCUAAACAUGAAGAGAGAAACUGAUGAUGUAACUGGGAAGUGACUGCUUCCCAACAUCUGAACUUUUGAAGUUUAGUGCUAGGAGUCUGGAUUUUACCUCAGCAUUAGCAUGGUCAUCUAAAUGUCAAAAUGCAAGGUACUACGUGCUAAAACAUACACUACCAUAGAAACAUUUAGAGCACCUUUAGAGCUACAGUCUUAAUUAAAUACAUAUGGAUCCUAAUGAGUCUGUGAUUAAAAGGGUGAAUGUUCACAGCUGGCUUGACAUGUCAUUGACAAUAACAAAGUCUUGGCUGCUGUAUGUCACUUAUCUAUUGAGGACAUUCUUCUCAUCUCCUCUAAAAUUACCCAGCAAAUGUCUUCUACAGGUCACUUACCAGAGGCCUUCUGAAUGGGUAAAACCUCAUCUUGGGAGAAAACUCCACAGUUACUGUGAUGUUUCCUACAGGAUCUGCACUCACAUCAUUAUCUGUGGUUAGUAAUUGCACUCAUUUUAUCCAUGCUUCACAUUAUGGCUCAGGCUCAAAAGACCCUCCUAGCAUUUUAUUCCUAACUGCAUUCUUCCUUUUGUUACUCAUUUUCCCAUGUUGUCCACAUCUUCCCUUUCAGUCUCUGAUUUUCAAAUGUAGACAACAAGUUGAACUAUAUUGUUCUCCACGUAAUAUCAUUAUAUAUUAGUAGACAGCAGGUGUUACUCUGGAUAUAAUAGUGCAAAUAUUUGGUCCAGUGAGUCUCAUAGCAUUCAGACAUUCAACGAGAGAGUGAGAGUUAAUGUUUAUAGUCUCAGUUUGUUCCCUUGUAUCCUAGAUUGUGCAAAGAUCACUGAGAGCAUUUCCGGGUUUGUCGUAUGCACUGGCUGGUCUCAAGAAGUAAUUUCUCCUUACCUGUUUUCCUAAUGCAAAAAAACCAGAUGGAAAGCACAGACAUUUGGGGUUUUUUUAAUUUUUUUUCAUUACAAAAGAAAAUAUCACAAAUCUUGUUUGCAACAAGCUAGACAGGAAUGCCACUAAAGAAAAAAAUAAAACCCAAAGCAGUGUAGGAGAGAGAAGAAUGCCUCCAAACUUGCAGACCUGAGGCUUUGCAGGAUGCCAGCCAGCAGACUUUUGAGAGGGCUGAAACACUUGCUGAGACACACUGCCUAAUGCAAUGCUAGUACUAUUAAUGCUGCUAUUAUUUGAGAUACUCAAAUAAUAAGAAAUGAGGCCAACACACUUCUUUACCAUUGAGAGAAGAGGAGAAAAGGGUGGUGGAGCCACAUUAUAUGUGUGGCUGCUGUGUUCAACCCUGGUGCAUGGUGCCGGAGGGCCAGGGCUCAGCUGGGGCAGCACCAGGCUGGGGUACCCACAGCCAGGCUGCCAAAGCCUGUGCCCACUCGGUGCAGAGUUUUCUGCCGGGGCCAGGAAUCAUGCCAAGGUCAUCUGCAAUCAGGUCAGCAUUUCCAAAAGCAAUUCCUCCAUCUGAGGACUAGAGCAGUGAGCAGGCAAUGCAGGACAGCUUCCAGGGACUUGGACAGGGACGUGCUUACUUGCAGCUCCUCGGUGCCAGGCUUUCAUCCACUGCAUAGUUUUGGCAACAAUGAGUAAUCAAAUAUUAAUUAAAUAUGAUUUUAAGGGAAAACAGAGCAGGUUCAGUCCUAGGGUAAACAUAUUGUCCUACCAUCUUGGAUUAUUUUCUUUUUUUUUUUUUCUGAACCUGCCCUCUCUGAUUUGGGUUUUUUUCCUCUGUCAGCUGUGUAGUGACAUUACUUCUACAUGCAUUUAAUAUCCACAGCUGCAGUAUCUCCUUUCUUCUUGAGCCAGACAUUAGGAAGCAAGUGUUUUUAUAAGGCUUCCAAAUCUUAGACCUGAUUUUUACUGUUGUAAAAUUACUCUAAAUAACAAUAGAAAAUGCAUUUGAUGUUCCAUGAUGUAAAAGUGUGUCCUGGAGUAGAUUUUGCACUCAGGUUAUGACAAACUUGUACUGGUAAAACUGCAGGCAGGGUAUUGCCAUAGUUUUUGACAGGAGAGGAAGACCUAAAUAGUCAACAAACUUCUCAGUAUCCAAAAUUUUACAUUCUACUUGUUAGCCUACAAGACAGCUUUCCAGUGAUUUCUUGCAUGUGUGUUGGUACUGUUAGUGUGUCUCAGAAAAUUAGCAGGCUUGAGGCAUGUGCAAAGAAGUGUUUCACUUUUAUACUGUUAAUGUCAUACACAAUUAGUACCAUUGUUUCUGCAGCUAAUGGCAAGAUUACUGCUUAUUUAAACUGAUGUAGGCUAAAAUACCAAAUGAGAUAGCAGUAGAGAGAUAAAGCAUGAAGUAUGAAAUAUCACAUAGACUUACUACAGUCACUGUGAGACUUUUGCAGAAACAUUGGUCACGGAGUAAAUGUGUCUUAAAUUGACUACCACAAUGAAGAAAAAUUUUGGAAACUUCUCUGUUGCUGCAUUAGAAUAGAUGGAACACAAAAAUGUGCAAUAAUAACUGUUGCUUCCCAUUUCACAGAAGAAUGUAUUGGUUCACUCAAAUGGAAUAAAAAAUUCUGAGGAGUUAAACCAAA